AUGGUGCGCGGCGGCCAAGGACAAGGAGGAGGAGGGGUGGAGGAGAGGGAGGUGGUGAACGUGGACCAGGACGGGAGGGAGGAGGAGGUGCGGCGGGCGCUGCCGAUGAUGCCCGUCAGGGUGCUGCUCGCCGAGGGCGACGACUCCACGCGCCACGUCAUCUCCGCGCUGCUCCGCAAGUGCGGCUACCACGUUUCUGCAGCUUCUGAUGGUGUCAAGGCCUGGGAAUUACUAAAGGAAAAAUCGUUCAAAAUAGAUCUUGUCCUCACUGAAGUUGAACUUCCUUUGAUGUCUGGGUUCCUCCUACUCUCCACCAUCAUGGAACAUGACGCGUGCAAGAAUAUCCCUGUCAUAAUGAUGUCUUCGAAUGAUGCAGUUAGCAUGGUUUUCAAAUGCAUGCUGAAGGGCGCAGCCGAUUUUCUUGUCAAGCCGAUACGAAAGAACGAGUUACGGAACUUGUGGCAACACGUUUGGAGAAAACAACUUGCAAAUGGUGAGAUCGAUGUGCAGCAGAUACAACAAGAAGAGAAUGUCGCAGAACAGCAUGGGCAAAAGACUGAAGUGACAAAAGAUGAACAUCCAACUCAAAAUGUGGUCCGUAAAAAUAGAGAAUGCAGUGAACAAGAAAGUGACGCUCAAAGUUCUUGCACAAGAUCAGAACCAGAAGCUGAGAGCAAGCACACCAACAGUUUCUUGGAGUUUAAGCAGAUAACAGAAAGGCAAUCAUCUACUGACCCCAAAAACGCUGUGGAAAAUAGAGACCCUGAAAACCCUAGUGAUAAUAAGCGCAAGAAAGCCUCGACAGGUAUCGAGGUAGUCCAUAUAAUUGAUGAUGAACCGAAGCCUAGCACACCGAUGGAGGUGGAUAUUGUGAGAACAAACUCUCAAGGAAACGGCGAUAAGUGGUUCUCCAUCCCAGCUCAUCAGUUGGAGCUUUCUCUCAGAAGAUCUGACUAUGGCAGAACAGAGGACCAAGAGAAAAAUGAUACGAGAACCCUGAACCACUCAACUUCAUCUGCCUUUUCAUUGUACAACUGUAGGCCUAUAUCCUCUUUUGGUAACGCUGGUGAUGCUCAGCCAUGCAGCACCUCAGCAACACACGCAGAUCUGGAAAACAAAAAUGGAGAUUCGGCAGCUCCCUUUCAAGACAAGGCCGACCCAAUCUGCCAUCCUAUCAGAGUUGUAGCACUUCCUGUUCCAGUUGGAGGCCUCACGUUUGACGGGCAGCCAUUCUGGAGUGGUGCACCUGUGGCACCCCUUCUCUAUCCACAGUCAGGUCCUCCUAUUUGGAAUAGCAGAACUCCAGUGUCGCAAGAGGUGGACACGCAAGCAACUUCAUCGCAGCAGAAUGAUCUGGCAGAGAUGGACUGUCAGCAGACUGAAAGCACACAGCGACAAGAAGUGCUACCUCCACCGACUGCAAAUGAAAAGCAUCUGCACGUUGAAAUCCCCUCAGACAGCAACCCUCAGCAGGUUUCACCCAUGGCUGGCGAAAGCGGAAGCGGAAGUAGUACUGUGUUGAACAACUCUUUGAACAACUCUGGCAAUGCUCUCAGUGGCAGUGCCUGUGGAAGCUCUUCCAACCGGAUCGCCACUCCUACUGAACAGUGUAACGCAUCUGACAGUGCUACUGAAAAUCCUAGCAUGGAGGGCUCGCAUCAGCUGAGCCAACGUGAGAUUGCACUGAACAAGUUUCGCCUCAAGAGGAAAGAACGGUGCUUCGAGAAGAAGGUAGGCACAAGAACUAAUCUUACCUACUUGGAGGAGCUGGGGUUUACAUUCUUUUCCAUUAUUGCGCAGGUGCGGUACCAGAGCAGGAAACUACUUGCAGAGCAGCGUCCCCGGGUGAAGGGUCAGUUUGUUCGGCAAGAUCCGAACAUCCAAGCAAGCUAG